GAUCAUUAUCUUUUGACAGCACGCAUCUGCUGUUGAUCAACGCAACUCGGCCUCAAGAUGCCUUCCACAUACAAGAGGGACAAGCCGUGGGAUACGGAUGAUAUCGAUAAGUGGAAGAUCGACGAAUUCAAGCCCGAUGACAAUGUCGCCGGUAGUUUUGCGGAAGAAUCGUCGUUUGCGACCCUGUUCCCCAAGUAUCGCGAACAAUAUCUGAAGGAAGCUUGGCCGGUGGUGACGAGAGCUUUGGAGAAGCAUGGAAUCGCCUGUACGCUGGACUUGGUGGAGGGUAGCAUGACUGUGAAGACUACUCGCAAAACCUUCGACCCUGCAGCCAUCCUGAAGGCUCGUGAUCUGAUCAAGCUGUUGUCGAGAAGCGUACCCGUUCAACAGGCCCUGAAAAUCCUCGAAGACGGCGUCGCAUGCGACGUCAUCAAGAUUCGUAACCAAGUCCGCAACAAGGAGCGCUUUGUGAAGCGCCGACAGCGGCUCCUCGGUCCCUCCGGCUCCACCCUGAAAGCGCUGGAGCUGCUCACCAGCACCUACAUCCUAGUCCAGGGUUCCACGGUCGCGGCGAUGGGUCCGUACAAGGGGCUGAAGGAGGUCCGCCGGGUGGUCAACGACUGCAUGGCGAACAUCCACCCGAUCUACCACAUCAAGGAGCUCAUGAUCAAGCGCGAGCUGGCCAAGGACCCCACGCUCGCCAACGAAUCCUGGGACCGGUUCCUGCCCAACUUCAAGAAGCGUACGCUGUCGAAGCGCCGCGUCCCCUACAAGGUCACCGACAAAUCGAAGAAGGUGUACACGCCGUUCCCGCCGGCGCCGGAAAAGAGCAAGGUGGAUCUGCAGAUCGAGUCCGGCGAGUACUUCCUGUCCAAGGAGGCCAAGGAGCGCGCCCAGAAGGAGGAGGUUAUGGAGCGGCAGCGCCUGAAGCACGAGGAGAAGAUGAAGGAGCGGGCCAAGUCGUUUGUUCCGCCCGAGGAGCUGGAGGCCGAGGAGAAGAAGAAGGAGAAGAAAGAGAAGAAGAAGCGGAAGCGCGAGGCCGAGGCGGAGCCAGACGACGGCUCCGAGAAGAAGGAAAAGAAGAAGAAAAAGAAGAGCAAGUCCAAGGACGCGUCUUCGGACGGCGAGGCAUAGAGGCAUUCGUACCACAACUGCCUUUGUGUUUCCUGCGACGCUCACAUUCAGCUUCCGCUGUCUUUUUUCGUCUGUUUGCUCUUCGAAUACAAGGCGCUUAGGCAUAGCAUGGGUUGGAGUUAUUCUUGAUUUGUUUACACUGUGUUUAUACUUACCAAGGAGGGAAAAGUCACGUCGAAGUUCAAUUUAUGUAAUGUAUACCAACUGACAUGGGAAUUCCACAGUGAGACUUGCAAUCUAGUUCGUCUUCGUUGAAGUUACUGGCGCCAUA